UUAAUGUCGUUAAUUUGCAUGGUUAAUUAAUCGAUUUUUUUUUUUUAAUUUAUCUUGAAAAAAACGUUUUGAGUGUUGAACAACAAGUAAAUAUCGCGACUUAUGAAUACAAAGAUAUCAUAUCGUUUAAGUGAUUCGAUUUAUAUUUUUUUAUAUUUAUAUUUUAAACGAACGUUGUUUCGAUGCAGUUGCGCUUUGAUAUCCGCCGCGUUAAUUAGAUUUAUCUUCAAAAUAUGCGGGUGGCAGUGGUAGGCGCCGGUGUGAUCGGCGUAACAAGUGCGUUUGCGGUGAAAAACGUUUUCCCACAAUUCGAAGUGCAUAUAUUUGCGGAUAAAUUGUCACCGAACACCACUGGCGAAGGAAGCGCCGGUCUUUGGACUCCUUAUCUUCUCGGGAUCACUCCUUAUAACAAAAUAUCACAAUGGGCUGGAAUUACGCAUCGAUUGUUGGAAAAAUUUUGGAAAGCGGGCUUAGCAUCUGAUAUCGGGCUUUCCUUGCUACCGAUAUAUCGCGUUACCAAUAAUCCUGAUGGAUUUCCCGAUUUGAGUUGGACCAAAUUGGUAUACGGUGCGCACAAGCUAAAUUCGAACGAAUUGAAAGAGUUGAAUACCGAAUGCAAUGCCAAUUAUAAACAUGCGUGGAUGUUCUUGACGUAUACUUGCGAACCUAUUCGUAUGUUGCCUUGGUUAACCAAACGAUUUCUCGAAGCGGGCGGAGAAGUUCGAAAAAGAAAAAUACAUACGCUAUGCGAAUUGAUCGAUGAUGGAUACGAUUUGAUAAUAAAUUGCAGCGGUUUUGGUGCACGUGAACUCGUGGAUGAUAAUGCCGUUAUAUCUAUCAGAGGUCAAGUUGCUAGGGUGACAGCAUCCUGGAUAAUGCACGGAUAUUUGGAAGAAAACGAGCAUGGAAAUUACAUAAUACCAAAUAUCGAUAACGUAGUAUUGGGCGGUACGCAUCAAGAAAAUGAUUUGGAUUGCACUCCGCGGAAAGAGGAUUUCGAAUUUAUUCACAAUGGAUGUUGUCGAAUUUUGCCCGCUCUAAAGAAUGCGAAAAUAACAAAAAAUUGGGUUGGUCUUAGACCUGGAAGAUACGAAGUUCGCAUAGAGACUGAAGUUUGCCGUUCUUCCAACGGGAGACAAGUUACGAUAAUUCAUAAUUAUGGACACGGAGGAAGCGGCGUGACGUUAAGUUGGGGAUGUGCUUUAAAUAUUGUGAAGAUUAUAAAGGAUAUGACAAGGUUGAAAUCGAAUCUGUAUACACCGGUCAUGAACGUCAUCGAACGCAACAACAAACGUCCUUUGAUGGUGGUGCGCGAGAACGAAACUGGUGAUAUAAAAAAAAGUGGCGAGAUCACGUGUGAAUCGGAUUCAAGUACCGAAGUGCGAUCAUGUAAAACUGUAUACAGAAAUCGAUGCAAAAAACUCGUAGUUGUAUCUGAUACUUCAUUAAAUAUUAUUUCAUUUACCGAUUCGAAUAAAAAUGAUCGAAAACCAAUUAUACCCAAAUGUUUAACGGAUAAAAAAGAUGAGAAAGGUGAUUUGUCAUUUGUGGAUACCGACGAUGUCGAGUCAAGAAAGGAAGGAAUUUCGAUCAAGAAGAAAAAGAAAAAACGAAGAUAUUUGACGAUAUGUACGAGUAAUUGUAAAUACGACGCGGUGAGACGAGUAGCAGCUCGUUUUGGAAUGAAAGAAGUUACCGAGGAUAGCAGUUGGAAUCUUUACUGGACAGAUUUGAGCGUGAGCGUGGAACGGGCGAAAGAUAUGAAGAGAUAUCAAAAGGUUAAUCAUUUCCCCGGAAUGACGGAAAUCUGUAGAAAGGAUUUAUUAGCUCGAAACUUGAAUCGCAUGUUGAAGCUUUUUCCAAAAGAUUAUAACUUUUUCCCCAAGACAUGGUGUUUUCCCGCAGACCACGGAGAAGCGAUAGCCUAUGCGAAAUUAAGACGCUCGAAAACUUUCAUCAUUAAACCUGAUACAGGGUGUCAAGGACGUGGCAUUUACUUGACAAAAAACUUGAGAGAUGUUAAACCGAGCGAGCGCAUGAUUUGCCAAGUUUACGUGGCCAGGCCCUUCCUGGUAGACGGUUACAAAUUUGAUCUUCGUAUCUAUGCAUUGCUCACCUCCUGCGAUCCUCUUAGAAUUUACGUGUACAAUGAUGGUCUUGCGAGAUUUGCCACGAGUAGAUAUAAGGAACCCACCGGUCACAACACAUCCAACGUUUUUAUGCACUUGACUAAUUAUGCCGUGAAUAAACAUAGUCGAAUGUAUGUAAUCGACGACGAAAUUGGUAGCAAAAGGAAAAUAUCAACUUUGAAUAAGUGGUUUAAAAUGAAAGAUAUCGAUGUGGAUGAAAUGUGGCGUAAAAUCGACGAAAUCAUUAUAAAAACCAUUUUGGCGGCAUAUCCUAUUUUGAAACAUAGUUAUCAUACGUGUUUUCCUACACACGAUAAAACAUACGCGUGUUUCGAGUUACUCGGUUUCGACGUGUUACUCGAUUGGAAACUAAAACCAUAUCUUUUAGAGGUUAAUCAUUCACCGAGUUUUCAUACAGAUGCACAAAUCGAUAAGGAUAUAAAGGAGGGUCUGUUGAUGAAUACAUUUGAAAUGCUGAAUUUUCAACAAUGCGACAAGAAAAAAAUUAUCGAAGAAGAUAGAAAGCGAGUUAGGGAUAGGCUGCUUCAGGGAAUAAAUUCUAAGGAUAGCAAUACGAACGAUUCGAUCGGUACGACAUCGAAACCAGAAAAGUUGGAGGAAGAUUAUCUCCAAAAGCAAUUUAAAUGGGAGGAAGAACAUAUGGGCAAUUUCCGUAGGAUCUAUCCAUGUUCCGACUGUGAAAAAUACGAACCAUUUUUUAAGCAAACUAACAUAUCCGUAUAUCAAGAUACUGCGGCAUCUAGAGCUCGAGAGGAAGCAUCGAGGAUCCAAAAGGAAGAAAAUGAGGUGAAAAUGAAGGAACAAGAAAAUAAGAAGAUUUCUGGUAAAUGCAGUGAUUCGAAGUUACAUUCAGAGAGUCCAAACGCGACGCAGAAGAAUACAAUAACAAAUGAUCUGGAGAAGAGUAAAUCUAUGAAUAUAUCGAAAAAAAAUAAUUCUUGUUUACAUAUAAAGAAGCAGACGGCUUCAAAUAAUAUUUCACAUUCGUUCGAGCCAGAGAUUAUUUGUGAAUCUGAGGAAAGAGAACGUGUUACAUCAUUAGCACAACGGGAUUUCUUGAUUAAGAGUUAUGGAAUGCUGGAGCAAAUAUAUAUGGCAAUGAAGAAGAACGGUACAUUACGAGCUAUCGACGAGAAAAAAUAUGGGUUGUACGGAAGACUUGGAUAUACAGAUAACAUAAGCAGAAGUGCAUCUAUUUGUAGACACAAAUGUCACAUUCACUCUUCUGCAAUAGAGACAAGAUAUGAACCAUGGAUAAAUCAAUCAUCGCAAUUUUGCCUGAAAGAUUUCAAGGUAAUUUGUAACGAAAAACCGGUUUAUAUUCGACCAAACAUACCAAAGAAAUUUUGGAUAAAUGAUAUGAAUUCGAAAGAUCGAAACUGUAGAAUUACGAAAGCUCACGUUGCUCGUACUUUAUCGAAUAUUGUACGUCUUCAUACACUUGAAAAACGACAAAAGUUCUAUCUUAAAUUUUCAUAAGUACGCGUUAUGAUUUAAUGAACAUUCUUACGAGAGAGACAUAAUGUGAAUCGAAUACACAUUUGGACACAACUGUAUUUCAUGAUUGCUAUUUUAAGUAAUUUCUAACAAUUCCGUUAAUUUAUAAUAUUAAAUUGUACUACUUUUUUUAAAAUUUCAUUAAAAGAAAAAAAAAAGGAAAAAUACUCAAUUAUUAUAAAUAAUAAGAUCAAACAUUUUGAUAUAUUAAAUUAAGAAAAUAAACUA